CUGUUUUUGCAUCCCGUUAUAUGUUGAAAUUUUAGGGAGUACAUGGGCCAAAAGCAUAUGUUGCCACCCAAGGACCACUAGCUAACACAGUAAUAGACUUCUGGAGGAUGAUAUGGGAGUAUAAUGUCGCAAUUAUUGUGAUGGCUUGUCGGGAGUUUGAAAUGGGAAGGAAAAAAUGUGAACGUUACUGGCCUCUGUAUGGGGAAGAAGGUGUUUCUUUUGGACCAUUUCAUAUUUCUUGUGAAGCUGAGCAAGUCAGAACAGACUACUAUAUUAGAACUCUGCUAUUAGCCUUUCAGAAUGAAACACGUAGGGUUUAUCAAUUUCAUUAUGUGAAUUGGCCUGACCACGACGUUCCAUCAUCUUUUGAUUCUAUUCUGGACAUGAUCAGCUUAAUGAGGGAAUACCAGGAGCAUGAAGAUGUUCCUAUUUGCAUACACUGCAGUGCUGGGUGUGGAAGAACAGGAGCCAUCUGUGCCAUAGAUUAUACAUGGAAUUUGUUGAAAGCUGGGAAAAUACCAGAGGAAUUCAAUGUGUUUAAUUUAAUACAAGAAAUGAGGACACAAAGACAUUCCGCAGUACAGACUAAGGAACAGUAUGAACUUGUUCAUCGAGCCAUAGCACAGUUGUUUGAAAAGCAACUUCAAAAAUAUGAAAGUUGUGCAAACUGGAAAAUUGCAGAUGGGCUGGACGAAGUUGGCACAGAAAAUACCGCCAGUUCUGGAGAGCUUGAGAAACAGGAUUCACCUCCACCAAAGCCACCUCGAACUCGCAGCUGCCUUGUAGAAGGAGAUGUAAAAGAAGAAAUUCUGCAGCCUCCAGAGCCUCAUCCAGUACCACCCAUUUUAACGCCAUCACCUCCUUCAGCUUAUCCAACAGUAACAACUGUUUGGCAGGACAAUGACAGAUACCAUCCAAAGCCUGUUCUGCACAUGGUUUCUUCAGAGCAUCCAACAGACCUCAAUGAAAACUACAAUAAGUCAGAAGAGCACCCAGGGAAGAAUGAAGUCUCUGAACGUGUAGAGAAAAAGCUUGAGCGCAACUUGAGUUUUGAAAUUAAAAAGGUACCCCUUCAAGAGGGGCCAAGGAGCUUUGAUGGGAACACCCUCUUGAAUAGGGGACAUGCAAUCAAAAUUAAGACUGGCUCAUCUUGUGCGGUGGACAAGACAUCUAAACUACAGGAACAAGGCUCGGGAGAUGCUCCUACAGAUACCUUCCAAAACUCUUGCAUAGAAUGCAAUAUGCAGCCACUGAACAAAGCUGUAACAUCCUCACCUGAAGGCCAUCAGUGUCUGGUAGGUUCUGACCCUCUGCAAAGACCAGACUGUUUGCCUCUCAAAGAGAAGGGACAUGCUAUGUGGUCGUUACAAGGGACAAAAAAUGUACAGCCAACAUCAACACCAGAGGACACGUCUCCAGCUGUUUUAUGUCACGGGAUUAAAAAUCUGCCUGUAGUCUCGAACUCACCAUCUCAAAUGGAUGCUCCUUCCAGUGAAUCAGCGGAUCAUUAUCACAGUGGCAUGCUUCCAGUUAGAGUACCCCUUUGUUUUACAAAUCCUCUGCAUUCUGAUGAUUCUGAUACAGAUGAAAGAAACUCUGAUGUGUCUAUGACACAAAGCAUGUCUAAUGUUUCAACUGCAAGUGCCACGGUUUCUGUGGCUGCUGGCACAGAAAACGUUUCCGCUAGAAAAGUAUUGCCCAUGUCCAUUGCAAGACAGGAUGCCUCAAUCAUAGCUGAUAAAGAUGCUGGUGUUUCUGAAGACCCUUCUUCUCCUCCUUUACCAGAAAGAACUCCAGAAUCUCUUGUGCUUGCAAGUGAGCAGAUCACAACUUCCCCCAAAGCUGUUAUCCUUCCACGAUCUGCUGAGUGGAGUUUCUCGCAAGACCAGAAACCUUCUGAUCAACCAAAAUGUACAGGAUUGAAAAUGGCGACUACACAGCCUGAUCAUUCUGAGAUAGCAGACAAAUCACAGAUUGAUACUAUACCUCAGCUUCCUCUUUCCAGUCCUGUUGCUAAAAGAGGUCCAACACCAGAAGUUCCAGUUGAGACUACAGAAAUUGGUUUUGGUAACCGUUGUGGAAAACCAAGAGGACCGAGAGAACCACCUUCAGAAUGGACAUGAUGCAAGAACAAAUGGACAUUUUUAAAUUAUACUGGAAUAUUCCAAGUGCCACUGAACUCGAUCAAUAAAUAGUAUUCCACUUUUUAUUUUUUGGGACUAACACAGUGUACAUGCAACUACACAAUGGUACACUCUUCUAUACAUCCACACAAACAUUAAGCAUUCACAAGAGUGUUUUCUAGUAUUGUAAUCUAACUUUGCUGGGGCCAUCAAUCUGCCUUACUACAUUUAGGAGAAAGUAUUACAUAUGGUUUAUUUUGUUACUUCAAGUAUUAUUGCCUUAAUGUCUUUUAACCUGUUACACACUGUUUAUAGACAUGUUAAUAUGGUGAAACUUUUGACAAAUUGAGUUUAUGGACUUUUUUGCUAACGUUUGAUUACCAUGUACACUUUAUUUUGUAUAUGUACAGGGCAAGCAGGUAUAUAAUUUGAUAAAGCUGCAAUCAUAAAGUAUUAACAGAAGGUGUAAGAAAUCUCUGCAUGACCUAAUUUUUUUGUGUACCUUGUAAAUUAUUUGCCCUAAUGUUUUAGUAAAUAGUUUUCAUUAAAAAAAAAAAGUUGGGCGCACAUCCACAAUUACAGGAUAGCAGAGAUGAAGAUUGUAAUACAUUUUGUAAAUUGUAAGCAAAAGGUUAUUUUUAUAUUAUAUACAGUUUCACUGUCAGUCAUAAUUUGUCCUGGUUUUCAUCUAGUCAUGGAGUCCAUAAGUGCCUUGAAAAUAUCAGAUUUUAGCAUGAAUAUGUUCACUGAUUGAGAUCAGCAUACCAACUUUAUUUGAACUGCCAGUAAAAAAAGAGAACACUUCAA